CCCUGGUAUAUUUACGGAAACGACUGCUUGCGUUGACUGAGUGGACUUCACUGACGGCUUCAAGAUAGAGGCUUUUAAAGGCAUAAUUUCGUUUUAUUCUUUUCCUCCGAGAACAUUGCCUUUGACACUCCAAGUUAUCUCUUUGCUGUUACAGUGCAUGAGGCCUGUUGCUGAGGAAAAAAACCAACAUCGUCAUAAUGAAUGCAGGUCGAGGCAAUAGAAAUAAUAUCAAUCAGAUAGAUCUAGUGGUACCACAAUUCGUGCCAAAUGAUUUUGCUGAUGAUUCUCCAACUGAGCGAGACCCAGGUCCAGGCUAUGAUGGUGGCUAUAUUGCUGCUGGAUGGAGGAUGAUCAAGUCUCUGGUGGUCGAGCUAUUUCCAUUUCUACACUCACGGGAAGUAUUUUUCCUUAGCCUCAACAGGACACAACAAUGCAUAUUGGAAAAUCCGUGCACAUCGGUUUUCUACUCAUUUAUUGCUGUCUUUGGAGUGUUUCCGAUGCUGUUCUUUCUCCUGACGAUAUGCAGUGUUUUCACCUUAUCGGUUGUUGGAUUUGUGUGUUGUCAAGUUGUGAUGUUUUGCCUGGCUGCAACUGUAUUCACAGGAGUUAUGUUCUUCAUAGUGAGCACCAGCUUUCUUAUUGCCUGCUCAUGUGGUGCUACGAUUCAUACAUUUUAUUUAUGGAGGUGGAUGAAGAACUAUAUGCUGCAGCACGGAAAGGAAAUACUCAUUGAGAUUCUUGACAAUGCAGGAGCUCCUGGGCUGUGGUUGAAAAACUAUUUAUUUAAUGAGGAGCCAAGAGACGACUAACAGCUUUUGUAUUAAAGUAUCCAUUACACUUCGUUAAAUACGACAAAAUGAUUUAAAGUCCACAUUCUAUUUUCCCCUUCUUAAAUUGAUUUGGUCACAUAAAUUUGUCAAACACUUCUUUUAGUUACACCAGACAAGUGUCAGAGGAGAUGAUGGCAAAUACAAUUUCCAUUUAUCUACUUCAUGAUAAUUAAAGCUACCAAUGUAUGAAUGACUGGGGUGAUACAGCGAUUAACGUAUGGUGUCUCACGUAAGUAAUAGAACAAACGUUACUUGAGUUUCCAAACAAUAAAGAGCGAAGAUAGCAGUUUAGUUUUUCUUUACUGUUUCUUUUGUAUCAAUUAAUUUUUAAUGCCACAAUGUUUGAGUUAUUUUUUUCUUUUUUUCUUGCUUGGCUACUUUGAUGCGUUAAUACAAUAAGAGCAAAGUUUCUGAUGAAAUGGGUGCCAUAGAAAUUAUGUGCAAUGUUGUGUGGAGUCAACACUGUUUUGGACACUGAAACAGGAAGGUUUUAUGAUGAAGUAGAGUAGUAAAAGAAUGUCUUACUGAUGAAUGGAGUUCACCAAGAAUAAUGUACUGGAAAAAAAAAUAAAGCCUCUCUUUAAGUAAACACUGGCUCAAGGCUAGAUUUGCUCCUUCAUUGCAGUUACUGUGCUCAACCAAAUGGCUGUGAUUUGACAUAAAAUAUGCUUUUCGAAUAUUAUGUAGUUACAGUGUCAUCUGUUCUUAAUUAAUUAUGUGGAUGGGGCUAAAAACACGUACAUUUAAAAACAACCAAAAA